CCAACGCGCUACCCGCGGGGGAAGGAGGGCGGUCCAAGCUUGGGCCGCCAUUUUGCCUGGUGAGAAACAAAAGAGUCGAAGGCGCUUCUGGGUCGGACGCGGUUGACGUUCUGAACUGGACUAAAGAUCUUCUGGGGGAACAAAGCUCUGGAAGAGCUGAUUUCACAACUGCCACAUUGGUGUGUCUAAUGUGCUACAAGGAUGAGCCCGGCAUUUGGAGCUAUGGAAGUGGAGCAUUAUUCCAAAGGCGUCCUGCUGGAGCCUUUUGUUCACCAGGUUGGGGGUCACUCCUGUGUCCUCCGGUUUAAUGACAAGACCAUCUGUAAGCCCCUUAUCCAGCGUGAACACCAGUUCUAUGAAACUCUUCCUGCAGAAAUGCAUAAAUUCACUCCUCAGUAUGAAGGUGUGGUAUCUGUAAGUUUUGAAGAGGAUGAAGAUGGAAACCUCUGCCUAAUAGCAUAUCCGCUAAAUGGGGACCAUGAUAAUUUAGAAAGCCUAGAUAAUUCUGACUGUGAACCUAAAAGUAAAUUGCUACGAUGGACUAAUAAAAAGACUGUAUUGCUAGAAAACGAAAAGCUAACGAAGGAAUGGGUCCGACAACACCGAAAAGAAGAAAAAAUGAUGAAAAGUCAUAAAUUAGAAGAAGAAUUUGAAUUGCUGAAGAAAUCUGAAGUGUCGUAUUACAGUGUUGAGAAAAAGGGGAACGUCAGUUCACAGUUUAAACAUCAUAAUCCUUGGAGUAUGAAAUGCCAUCAACAACAGCUACAGCGAAUGAAGGAAAAUGCAAAACAUCGAAAUCAGUACAAAUUUAUCUUACUGGAAAAUCUAACCUCACGAUACGAGGUGCCUUGUGUGUUGGAUCUCAAGAUGGGAACCCGACAGCACGGAGAUGAUGCCUCUGAAGAAAAGAAGGCCAAUCAGAUCCGGAAGUGUCAGCAAAGUACUUCAGCUGUGAUUGGUGUCCGGGUGUGUGGAAUGCAGGUUUACCAGCCAGGUUCUGGCCAGUUAAUGUUCAUGAAUAAAUACCAUGGAAGAAAGCUAUCUGUCCAAGGAUUUAAAGAAGCACUUUACCAGUUCUUUCAUAAUGGCAAAUAUUUGCGAAGAGAACUCUUUGAACCUGUACUCAAAAAACUGACUGAAUUAAAAUCAGUCUUAGAGAAACAGGAAUCAUACCGUUUCUACUCCAGCUCUUUGCUCAUUCUUUAUGACGGAAAGGAAUUACAAGAUGUACCUGUGGACUCUGACCCAGAAGACCUUGAAGGUCUUUCAGAGGAGUCAUCUGAUGAAUCUGCAGGGGCAUAUGCCUACAAGCCCACUGCUAGUUCUGUUGAUGUUCGAAUGAUAGACUUUGCCCACACAACCUGCAGGUAUUAUGGAGAAGAUAGCGUGGUACAUGAGGGCCAAGAUACGGGUUAUGUUUUUGGACUCCAAAACCUAAUAGCUAUUAUUAAAGAAAUAAGGGACGAAAACAGCGAAUAAACAUUUAGAAUGCAAAAUCGUAGAAAUCACUAUAGUGACUCUUUGUAUUCCAGAAAUAUUGACCACUUUCUGGUGGUAGCAGACUGUACAGACUGUGUUGUGGCAGCUCUGUCAGUGAUGGACUUGUUCAAAAGAGGGCAUUUCCUUUUAGUGGUGCUAGAGGUAGCACUGAUGCAUCUGGGUAUCUUUAUUAUUUAUUUUAACUCUCUCGUAAACAUUCCAUUUUUGAUUAUUCGAAUACCUCUGUUAUUCCUGUGUGUAUAUGUAUCAAUAAAAUUCUUUUUGUUCAUUAUAA